GAACUAGGAGCGGUAUUUACAUGUUAUAGCCGUGGAUUUUCGUAUAUUUUAAUCUCCUAUAGUUCAUGCAUCAAUGUUGUUCAAUAAACUGACAAGGCUAUGUACUUCAUUCACAUCUAUUAAAAAAUGACGUAUGACUUACUGUGACGUCAUUAUAGCGCGCCAAAAACAGUGCGUUCAAUGAAAAAUAAGAAAAAAUGCAUUAAAUUGAACAUUUCAUCGUAAUUUUCAACACCAGCGCAUGUAACAACCAAUUUUAUAUUUGGUACACGUAUGCAAUAUUACUUCUUCUUACUGUAUGCCAAAUUUGGUGUUGGUUGUCAUCUGCGCUCCCUAUGAAAAUUACAGAAAACGUUCACGGAAUUUGCAGAAUUUCUUAAAUAUUUCAACUUUUCUUCGAUUUAUAAUCACCUUGGAAACCGUUAUUCAAAUGAACUGCCGAAGAUUACAGUUGUAGAUUUGAAGAAUAGUUAUUAACCUAGAAGAAUGGUGCCUACCUGUUGAUUAUUUCACAUAAAUAUGUCGAAAAUCAAAGCAUACUCAUGCGUUGGAUGCCAUAAGCGAUUAAAGAAAAAUGAGGGGAGAUUUCUGCAUGGAAAGAAAAAUAAUGGCCUCAGAAAGUUUUUAUCAAUUAAAGACUUUUGUUACGGACAUACUUGAGAAUGACAUUGUCUGUAAUCGAUGUCGACAACAGUAUUACUCUACACGAUCUAAUAUUCCUACAUAUAAAACACCCAUUGCUUCUGAUACAUGUAGUACCAACAAAGAAAACAGUGUUCCACCCAUUACAAUACCAGUGUCUUCUGCAGGAUACCGACAUGAUGCAUGUGUCAUAUGUGAGAAAAAGGCCCGCAAACUAGUUGUUGUUCCAGAAAAAGCAAGGUGUGAGAUGUUCGUGCAAAAUUUCAUUUUUAUGAAGCCUGGGGCUAGGUGCUGCCCGUGCCACAUUCAUGAUGGUCAUUUUGUUGAAGACGUCUUAAAAUCGGGUGUUUCAUCAAGUCUUCGCUGUUACACGUCCUUCGAUGAAAUUGGUCUUGCCGAGUUUCUUGAAAGCUUGCGAGAUGUUGCAAAACGCAAUGGUGCUGUUCGACUUGACUUCGACAAUGAUUCCAAUAUGUCUGAUCAGGAUUACAUCAAUCUUACGGGUUUAGACAGAAGGCAAUUUAACGAGGUUGUCAGCUACAAUCAAGAUAUAAAGACUUCUAAAUCUAGAAGUAUUAGAACCUGCAUUGCUGUGUUGCUCGUCAAACUUAGAUGUGGCCUUGAAAACAAGAUUAUGUGUACCCUUUUCAACAUGAACAAAUGGCAGAUUCGUCGUGCUAUAUCGUCUGCACGGAGGGCAUUAUUAAAAGAUUUUGUCCCUCAAAAUCUUGGAUUUGGCCAUCUCACUAGAGAAGACGUAAUAUCUAACCAUGCACACUAGACCACUGGCUAAAGAGCUUUUUUCCCCUGGUUAUGAACAACGCCCACCUGUCCUACUUGUUCUUGACGGGACGUACAUUUAUAUACAGAAAUCAUGUAACUUCAGAUUUUCAAGGCGCUCCUUCAGUAUGCACAAGCACAGGCCAUUAGUGAAACCGAUGAUGGUAGUAACUACGUCAGGAUAUGUGGUGUCUGUCCUGGGGCCGUACCUCGCCGACUCGAAGAACAACGAUUCCGGAAUCUUAAACCACAUGAUCCGGAGCAACACCGAAGAAAUGCGAGACUGGCUACAGGAUGGUGACACGUUCAUCGUAGAUCGUGGAUUCCGGGAUAGUUCCGAGGUGCUUGGCGACAUUGGUGUCAACAUGGAAAUGCCUUGCUUUUUGCAGAGGGGCACAUCUCAACACACCACACAGGAAGCUAACCAAUCACGCUUAAUAACCAAGGUGCGGUGGGUUGUCGAAUCAGCCAAUGCGAGGUUGAAGAGAUGGAAAUAUCUGAAUCAUGUCAUACCAAAUACACAGAUUCCCUUCAUUGGCGACUACGUAAGAAUCGUGUGUGCCCUAUGCAACAGAUUUACUUCCGUCUUAAGUUCUGGCAAUGCGGAAGAGGAUCAGGCCAUGACCCUAAAAAUGCUGCAUCUCUCCAAGCGGACAAACGAGCUACAGGAAUUUGUAGAAAGUAAUGGACUGUCAAACAGGACAUAUUCAUGGCAAAAAAUUGACGCAGCCGGUUUUGCGCAAGACUUCCCUAAACUGUCUGAUUCCGAAAUUCGCCAGUUAACGCUAGGAGUGUACCAAGUAAAAAUGGCAAAAGCAUACACCCAGGAACACUUACAGGAUGACGGUACAUACGAAAUUCUUGUGAACGAGGACCUGGAUGGUAUUAUUGGAGCCAAAAUUCAGAGUCGUCAUGUCAGUUCCAAAAAGUAUUCCUGUUGGGUAAAGUACGAAGAUGGUGUUGUCAUAUCAUGGUACUGUAAGUGUAAAGCCGGCGCACGUAUUGUUGGUUCCUGCGGACAUAUAACAAGCGUAAUUUGGUUUUUAUCGCAUGCCCGACACCAGGAUAAGCCCGUGCAGGGAGUGCGUGAUUGGUCAGAACACCUCGAGGACGCAGCUCGCGUGAUCGACGAUUCUGACAGCGGCGAGGAGAGCUCAACUGAAGAAUAGAUUGUCUACAUAAGCUAGUUACAUGUAUUUUCUGGCAGUGAUAUAUUUCACAUUUAUCGAUAUUAUUUAUCAUUGAAAGAAAUUUCCAACUGAAAUACCUUAAAUACUUAGUACAUGUAUGAUUAUUUUCACGAUAUAUAGAUCGUCCUUACGUUUCUUUUACAGCAGCAUAAUUCUUGUUGGUGUUUGAAUGAAUGAAUGGUCUGUGUUACAUAUUCGAGUAAAAAUUGUUCAAAUUAUUAUUAUUUAAUGAUCAUUAAAGAAAAUUGCUUUCUAUUUAUAAUAAUGUUUUUCCUUCUUUUUAUUUUACAUUGAUUAAAACGAUACGAAUUGUGUUAUACUGAUAUGUGUAUGGAUUUAUCACAGCACGUUUACAAUUGACGUGUAUAACGUCAACGCUAAAAUGGCGACGUUAAGUUCCAAACAACGGCAUUUCCAGGCAAUUUUUUAUAUAAUAUUUAAAAAAAUAAACAUAUACUGAUAUAUAUCAUCUGAAAGGAAAUUGUUUUGGCUUU